AUGGAGCACAAGGACCAUCGAUGGGGUUGCUUUGUCUUGGCUCUCGUCGCAGCCAUUCUCUUCUUCACGGCAAUCGGCUACGGCGGAUGGACUUGUACAGGCAGCAUAUUCAGCAAGGAUUGUGUUCAAAGUAAUGUGAACGCGACAACCGGUGCCCUCCUUCUGGUUGCUGGUUUAGUCGUCUUCUUUGCCUCCAUCUCCCUCAUUGUUGCCGUGACGAAGGGCAAAAAAUGGGCUGAUAUUCUCUCCAUUGUUCUCACCGUAAUUGCCGCGAUCUUGGCGAUAGCUGGUGUGUUCUACUACUUGAACAGCAAAAAUAUCUGGUCACCCUUCAUUGCCACCAUCGCGAUGUCGCUCACCGUCGCUUUGGCUGCCAUCCUCAUCUUCGACCACAUAUCCAUCUCCGUGCAUAAAGCGUGA